AUGAACAACGUUAACAUCAGCAAAUCUUUCUCCUUGACGACGGUAAACACGAGCCCGGCCAUCAUUGAACUGGAGCAAGUACCGCGACUCAUCUGUGAAUUGUCCACGGUUCCACCGAAUAUGACGUCUGCACCAAUCAAGACGAGCCCUUCUGUGACGGGCCUCCUCUCUCUAUUUCAGUUCUUGACUGAAGCAAGUGCAACGUCCUCGACAAGCGCCAAUGGCAACAGCGGUCUGGAUGACCUUGAUCAACAAGUUGCAACAGACACCAAGAACCAGCGAUUUGUCAAGGUGGAUGAAGAACACCUAAAAAAGAUAAUUGGGGAUUCUUUGUCAAAAGCCACAGGACGGAAUACAAUAUGGGGUGUCAAGAUAUUGAAACAAUGGCUUGAAGUUCGUGGAUUUUCCACUGAUUUUGAAACUCUUGAUGCGACUACUCUGAACGAGAGGCUUCGCCUGUUUUAUGCAGAAGUCCGGAACACCCAGGGCGAACUGUACUCUAAAUCGACUUUUGUUGGUCUCCGAGCAGCAAUCCAUAGGCACAUUAGGGCACCUCCUUUUGAACGAAACCUAAACAUUCUCAAAGAUAGCGAAUUUCACACAUCUAACAAUAUUUUCCUGUCGAUGAUCCGUAAUCUAAAGAAAGAGGGACUUGAUGAAACAAAACACCACCCCGCAAUCUCGGCAAUAGAGCUUGACAAGAUUAGGAAUAGCUUCAAUUUAGAUUCUCCCCUUGAUCUUGUUAGAAAGGUGUGGUUUGACAUCACACUAGGUUUUGCACGCCGUGGGUCAGAAAAUCAGCGAGAACUUUCAUCCAGUUCAUUUAAAAUUUCAGCUGAUGAGGAUGGUUACGAGUUCAUCGAAAUGACACAUUGCGAAAUCACAAAAAAUCAUCGUGGUGAUUUAAAAGAUGCCGUUGAACCUAAAAAACGCAUUUAUGCAACAAAUUCCAUGUACUGCCCGGUUUCCUCGUUCAAAAUUUACAAAUCCAAAAUGAAUCAAAAUAAUCCAUCAUUUUACCAACAGCCAAAACAAUCCGUCUCUGAAAGCGAUUCAGUUUGGUACACGUCACGUCCAAUUGGGAAAAACAUCAUAGCUUCAUUCAUGAAAGAAAUAUGCAAAGCCGCAAACAUUGAAAAAGUGUACACAAACCAUUGUCUUCGCGCCACCGCAGUCACCUUGCUGUCGCACGCUGGUGUAGAGAACAGGGAGAUUUGUAAAAUCACGGGUCAUCGCACUGACGAAUCUUUAAAAUCAUAUUCCCUGGAAUCAAGCUCUGUCCAAAAACGUGCAUAUUCCCAAAUCUUGCAAGGUGAAAGGGGUGUUCUUACUCCAUAUGACAACAGACCAAAUCCAAACAAAAAUGUACAUAAUUUCCAAUUUGAUCGUGCUGCAGAAAAUGUGACACGUGGUCUUUUCAACAUGCAAAACUCGACUGUCACAUUAAAUAAUUACUUUCAGUAG